AGAGCAUGCUCGGUCCCCCCGCAGGGGCCAGGGCACAGCACUGAGCCCCACUGGACUCUCCUUUCCCUGUGCCAGGGGAGCAUGGUGGAUUUCCUUCUGAGCUCCGUGGAUCAAGACGUCUGAGAAGAUGCUGGCCAUGAGGCUGUUCACCUGUUUUCUGCAGCUCCUGGCUGGGCUGGCGCUGCCCCCUGUGCGCCCCCAGCCAUGGAUCGUACGUAAUAUCCUGUCUUCUAGGAAUGGCUCCUCAGAGGCGAGAGUGGUCCCCUUCGAGGAGGUGUGGAGCCGCAGCUACUGCCGGCCCCUGGAGAGGCUGGUGGAAGUCGCGUCUGAGUACCCCAGCGAGGUGGAGUACCUGUUCAGCCCGUCCUGCAUCUCCCUGCUACGCUGCAUGGGCUGCUGCAGCGACGAGAGCUUGCAGUGCCUACCCGUGGAGACGGCCAACAUCACCAUGCAGCUCCUGAGGAUCCACCCUAGUACCCCACCCACCUAUGUGGAGAUGACAUUCUCUCAGCACGUGCGCUGUGACUGCAGGCCUAUGUGGGAGAGGAUAGAGCCGGAAAGGCGCGGCGAUACUGUCCCCCCGAGGUAACCAACCCCUUGGAGGAGAGAGGACCCCACCCCUGGCUCGUGUAUUUAUUACCGUCACACUCAAUUACCUCCCUGCUGGCACCGAAACCCUAUUUAUUGGCCAAUUGUAUCCCUGCUGAACGACUGGCACCCUCCACGAGAAGGUCUGGGACGGACAGGACCCUCAGGAACUCAGUGCCUUACAUGACCGACGGGAGGGAAAGGAGGACAGCGCCGGGCCUGCUCCUGGGCCGUGGACAGCAGCCCACGUCUGGAGGACUCCUGGCCCCGCGAGGGUGUGGCAGCCCAAGCUGGGCUGCCCUGUCCCUGACUGCGUGGGCAGGGGGCAAGCGGAGGCGAUGCAGUCGAUUCCUCGUCCUCCCGUCCGUCCGCUUCGCCUUGGAGACCAGAUGGCCAAGCGCAGCAGGAACAGUGGCUGUUGGGUCCCCAUACGGCCUUGUGCUGGAACAUGGAUUUUUCCAGCCCAGGCACUGACAACGACGGGGCUGCCCUUCACCAGCCAGAGGCCGAGAGUGGGCUCUGGGCUGAAUGAACGGGGAUGAGGGAGGGGAGGCCACUGGGGGAGGGUCCUAGCCCAGUGGCAUGUGACAAGGGGAACCGGUUCCCUGAGGUCCCUGGCACCCCACACAAGCUGCCCUCCGUUGGGCCAUCUGACUGCCUAGCCAGAUUCUUUUGAAUAAAGUAUUUUAGUCCGGAAUCGA